AUGGCUUCUUCACUAGAAGCACUGGUGAGUAACCUUUCACCUGAGGACUUUAAAAUAGUAGGUAAGAGGUGGAAGGGUGAGGACUUCAAUUUAGUAACACAAAAAGGAGUCUUUCCAUAUGAAUUUCUGGAUGACAUUAGUAAACUCAAUACAGAGGGUCUUCCUAGUAGAGAUAAGUUUUACUCAUCACUGUAUGAGUCAGAGGUGAAGGAAGAAGAUUACCAAAGAGCUAGGAAAGUAUGGAAUCACUUUGGGAUGAAAACCAUGAGAGACUACCACGAUCUCUACCUAGAGACUGACGUUCUUCUGCUGGCUGAUGUAUUUGAAAACUUCAGGAGAACAUGUCUGGAAAAUUACAAACUUGACCCUGCACAUUACAUGUCAGCACCUAGUCUAAGUUGGGACGCCUUCUUGAAACAGUCAGGUGAGGAAAUAGAACUUGUAAGUGAUAUGGACAUGUUUCAGUUCUUCGAGAAGGGAAUGAGAGGUGGUAUAAGUCAUAUUGCCCACAGACACUCCACAGCUAAUAAUAAGUACAUGGAGACGUACGAUGAGUCGUCUGAAAACAAGUACUUGAUGUACCUCGACGCUAACAAUUUAUAUGGUUGGGCGAUGUCACAACCACUACCUAAUGGAGAGUUCGAGUGGGUCGAGGAAGUUGAUGGUAUGAAUCUAGAUGAUUACCUAGGAGACAACGAAAGAGGGAUGGUUUUAGAGGUUGACAUGGAAUAUCCCAAAGAACUUCACGACUUACAUAACGGUUAUCCUCUAGCACCGGAGAGUAAAGAAAUUAGUUCUUCAAUGUUGUCAGAUUACGCUAAGAGUAUUGCUGAGAAAUUCCAGCUGACAAUCGGAGGAGUAAGAAAACUGGUAAACUCACUAGGACCCAGGAAAAACUACGUCUUACAUGUACGUAAUCUGAAACUCUACACAGACCUUGGAAUGAAACUCACGAAUGUUCAUAGAGCGGUUACAUUCAAGCAAUCUCCCUGGCUUAAGAACUAUAUUGACUUCAAUACAAAGAAAAGGUCAGUAGCUCGUAACACGUUCGAAAAGAACUUCUUCAAGCUAAUGAAUAAUUCGAUUUAUGGAAAAACAAUGGAAAAUCUAAGGAAAAGAGUUGAUGUGAAAUUAGUGUCCUCAAAAGACGACCUCCUAAAACUGACAGCAUCACCCUGCUUCCAGUCACAUCGAAUCAUGAAUGAAAACCUUAUAGUUGUAAAAAGAAUGAAGGAAGUUCUAACGCUAAAUAAACCGUGCUAUGUAGGAAUGAGCAUCUUAGACUUAUCCAAGACUUUAAUGUAUGAUUUCCACUACAACACAAUUAAGAAGGAGUACGGUAACAGGUCAAGGCUACUAUUCACCGAUACCGACAGCUUGAUGUAUGAAAUAAAGACGGAUGAUGUUUACGAGGACUUCAAGAGGAUCGGUAAAGAGCAAGACUGUUGGGAUAAUUCAGAUUACCCAAAAGAUUCUCCAUAUUACUCAACUCAUAACAAGAAGGUCAUAGGUAAGUUUAAGGACGAAGCUGAAGGAGUACCCAUAAUUGAGUUUGUUGGGUUAAGGUCUAAGAUGUACUCAUAUGUGAAGGAAAACGGUGGAGGUGGAAUGACCGCUAAAGGA